AAGUUGCAAAAUUCCGCUACUUUUAACAAAAAAUCCAAUUCCGCCGCUACGCCGCUACCACUUGAAAAUUCCGCUACCAGUAGCGGAAUUCCGCUACUUCUGGCAACACUGCCUGCGAUUUGACGCAGUAACUGAAUACUGAACUGACAGUACUGACACGUGCCAUUGUGAUGACGCGACGCUGACAAAUUAGUCAACAAGUGAUAAACAAAACACAACAUAUCGAGAUAAAAUAGCAAAUUAGAGCUACAAUUCAACAAAAAUAGUAUGCAAAUCAAUUUAACAUACCUUUUACAAAGUGCGUUCAGUGAUAAAAGAUGAAUAAUUUGUGUUCGAAGUGAUUCUCACCCUUUCAAGGUUAUGCGGUGUUAGAAUCUUUAUUUUUUAUCUAUUAUCAGCCUAAUUUGAGCUUGCUUUUAAUCCCUGGAGAUCUGUAUGUUUUAUAUUUGCAAUAUUAUCUGGUACGGCUACAGGUAUUUAGCCAGAAAAUUUAAAAUGAGCUUAUAUAAUGAUAUUCCAUUGGGAGUGAGUCUUUUACAGAAAUUGUCAGAUAAAUGUUGUCCCAGGUUGCAUUUCAACAAAGCUUUAACUUAUCAAGUGAGUGUGUUAUUUUUAACAUACAUUGCAUACAUCUGCUACCACUUAUCAAGAAAGCCCAUUUCAGUAGUGAAAGCAGUGUUACAUAGGAACUGUAGUGCUUUGCCAGCUCCUUCUACUGAUGAACCUAAUAAUUGGUGUGAUUGGGCUCCAUUUGAUGGGUCUGAUUCCAGUGCAGCUCAAAUGCUUGGAGAACUUGACUCUGCAUUUUUGUUUUGUUAUGCAAUUGCCAUGUUUGCAUCUGGCUUCAUUGCUGAACGUGUCAACCUUAGGUACUUUCUAAGUAUGGGUAUGUUGCUGUCUGGAUUAUUCAGUUAUCUGUUUGGACUUGCAAAGACAUACAAUAUACACCAUUUGUGGUAUUAUGUUGUUGUUCAGGGAUUGGCAGGGGUGGUUCAAACUACAGGUUGGCCUGGGGUGGUAACUGUGAUGGGCAACUGGUUUGGCAAAAAUAAAAGAGGCCUAAUAUUUGGUAUAUGGAACUCCCAUACAAGUAUAGGUAAUAUUCUGGGGUCACUGAUUGCUGCCUAUUAUGUGGAGCAAGAUUGGGCUCUAUCGUUUAUGAUGCCAGGAUUGUAUAUUGGUGUAGUAGGAUUUUUGAUAUUUUUAUUCUUGGUAACAAAUCCUAGUGAUGUAGGGCUUACUCCAAAGACUGCUUCACCAGAAAGGGAAAUUCCAAGGUCCAGGACGCGGCCAAGAAACUCUGAUAAUGAUGAAGUGGAAAGCACUGGCUCAGAUGCGGAUGAUUCAGCAAUAUUCAUAGGAGAACAGGGAUCACUAACCCAGUCACGUUAUUCAAUCAAUACCAGUGAAGUGCAACGUCGAGUGAGUGAAAGAACGCACUUACUGCCCAGGGAAUCAUCGCCUAGAGAAGCUGAGCAAGCUAUCGGGUUCACAAAAGCUUUAAAAAUACCGGGAGUUGUUGAAUUCUCUUUAGCAUUAUUUUUCUCGAAGCUUGUCAGCUAUACAUUCCUGUUCUGGCUUCCCCUUUAUGUGAACUCCUCCACUACAAUGGGUGCAACGUUGAGCGCUGACCUGUCCACGUUAUUUGAUGUCGGUGGUAUAGUCGGCGCUAUCAUGGCAGGAGUUUUUAGCGAUAAAAGUGAUAUGCCUGCUACCACCUGUGCCGUUAUGUUGAUUUUAGCAGCUCCAAUGAUGGUUGUGUAUGAAAGAGUGAGUAGCGUCAGCAUAGGCGUGAAUAUGAUUCUCCUAAUUAUGGUAGGAGUCUUAGUCAAUGGUCCAUAUUCAUUGAUAACGACUGCUGUAUCUGCGGAAUUAGGAACUCAUCAUAGCUUAGAGGGGAAUUCUAAAGCAUUAGCUACUGUUACAGCUAUUAUAGAUGGCACGGGUUCAAUAGGUGCAGCAGUAGGUCCACUCCUUGCUGGCUUUGUUUCAUCGUAUGGUUGGAAAUACGUUUUUCUGAUGCUUAUGGCGGCAGAUCUCUGCGCCUUUGUCUUAUUGUUGAGGCUAGUAAAGCAAGAAGUUGUGAAAUACCGCAGUACGAGAAGAUCUGCUAGUCGAAUAGAGUAAUUUGCACGCAGUCAGUAUGAUACCGCUAAAUUGGAACACUAGCUAAAUACUGAUAAGUACAUACCGCCUUUCUAACAAGACAUUGGUACUGUUCAGUUGCUAAGAGUUAGCACUUCGUGAAAUAUGGUUUGGCUCCGUUGUUAAAUAAUGCUCGCAAUCAACUGAAUCUAAUGACAACUAGUACAUCUACGUGACAUACGUCAGUUCUUCCAAUUAACCUGAUUUUCAAAAUUUUCUAUGCGAUUCAUUCAGAAGACUAGGCUAAGCCAUACUUUACUCAGCGCUAACUCUCAGCAGUCAAGUGCAACUGAACAUAAAUAAUCUUGUCAUCUAUAUAUAUUCCCUGUGAUGCUCGAGUUGAAUAUAUAUAGUAGUAGUGUCAUGCUGUAUGUAGGAGAGAAAGUGGAAAAGCCAUUAUCAUCUUCAAAGAAUCUAUUUCAGUAAAAGCGAUUUCUCAUAAUAUGAUUUUCAGUAUACCUACAAAAAAAAAGUUUACAGUUGUACAACAUUCACGGUCACGGUUUGCCAGUCUUCAGAUUAUGAUUCAGAUGGCAUCUGACAUAAAAGCUUUACGACUUUCAUCUUCUGAAUAUCCUUUAAUACAUGCUUUUUGAACAAUUCUUUCAAGUCACAUUAACGGUUCACUUCUCUCAAUCUUAGUAGAAUAUAAAAAGCAAAAUAAAAGAGUGAUUCGUGAAUGUACAAAGUAUUUUAUACAUUGAGUAAAUUUAAUUUUAUUUAUGGAGACUUUAUAUUUUUAUAGAUAGCUUUAUUGAAACGUUAUUUAUGAAUUUUUUUCAUGUUUUUAAAAGCUAUGAGUGAAUGCAGGAUUCUGUUCAUGUAUAUACUUGUAUUGCAGCAGUAAAAUCACAAGCAUGUGGAUUAUUACUACAAAAUUGGGUAAAUCAGCUCAGUUUUUAGUCUAGCAAAUUAUUGGUAUAAAGAAGAGCACCUUUUAAAGUACCAGACACAAAAUAUAUGGAAUUUGACCACCAGUCAAUUUGAAAGAAAAUCCAAAUAGUGAUAGUUCAUGUUGUGCUGGUCAAAUGUUAAAGUGGGUCAAAGCCCAAAAAUGCUUCCUAUUGGAGAUAGAGAGUGCUAAAGUUUGGUGCCUUAGCUCCUGUAGGUAUGCCUGCCUGCACCAUUUCACAAAAAUUAACUCGUUUUCAAUGUAUUCAGGGAACUUAACAAUAUAAUAAAAAUCACAUGCAGUUGCAAUAUAUACAGGGCGUUUCAAUGAAAAUGGAAAGUUGUUUAAUAGAAAAGCUAUAUAAGAUAUUUGAAAAAUUAGUUGGACAUACAGGUUGUUGCACAACUCUGUGACGUAACAAACAUGUAUUUGACUGAAAAAACUGCCUAUCCUUGAAUACUAACAUUUUACGCAGUUUUCGCUGAAUUUUGAAACGAUGCCGCAAAAUGUAAAACCUUUGUAACAACAACAACAACUUGUAUAUUUUUACAGUAUCAGAUUUGCGUUUUUAUGUUUACCAUGAUCUCAGGUUUAAUACUGCUUUACUAUUAUUUGUUAUCUGAUUAUAUAUAAUGAAUGAUAAGAUGUUUCACUAAAAAAAAACUUAUCCUUCUGCUAUGGAAUUGUGCAACACCUUGUAGAUCUCGAAAUAAUUUAGAAAUACAUACCUUUAAGAAGUCCUUCUUGCUGAAUACAUUUCUAAUACCUUUUAUAGUUUUUCUAUUGAAGUACUUUCUAUUUUCGUUGGGACACCCUGUAUAUAGUAUUUUCAUUAAACUGUUAGGUCAAUAAAGAUAGUUAGCUUUCAUAAAAUGGUGCAGGCAUACCCACAGGGGCUAAAGCACCAAACUUUUACACCCCAUAUCACCAAUAGAUAGCAUUUCUGGGCUUUGCACCCAUUAGAACAGUUGAUCAGCUCUACAUGAACUAUGUGUUGUGCCUAGUACUUCGUUCACAAAUCAAAAUAUUUGAGAUUAUUAUUUAAACAGUAUACUCUAGGAUGUUGAAAAAAUGUCCAUUAUCCAGACAGGCUACUGUUGCUGCUGGUUUUGGGGGUGCUUAUAUUGAUGUUGCCACCUUUUGUGUUGAAAAAUUAAGACAGCUGAAGUGUGUCAACCAUUUCUACAUAUUAGAUAUCAAGAAACAAAGAAAAUUUUGAUUUAAUAGUGGUUAGAAUGAAUUCUAAUAUAAGGUUUUGUAACCUUAUGUGAGGGUUUUACACAUCUCUUUGAAAGAAUAGUUUUGUGUCUCUGCAUUAAUAUUUUUAUUAAAAAAUGUUACAUAAUUUGAAUAGAAGUCAUAGUAUAUAUGUUAGAUAGGAAACAUGUUCUACUGUUGGGUGGAAUAUCAGUUAAGGUGAUAGUUCACCUUCUGUUUGUUUAAAAAAAAGUCACAUGUUACUAUUACAUAGUAAUAUAAUAUUGUGUGAGUUCUUGAAAUAAUUUUAUGAGUAUAUAAUGACCAGACUGCAUUUUAGUAAAAUUUUUAUUAAAAUACCACUGUGUUUAGCUAAAAUUGUGUUUCAUGUACAUAUAUAUGAAAAUUAAAUAAAUUAUUUUUUUAAAA